ACACAGUGGCCCAGGUCAGCCGAUGAACCAGGAGUGUACAUGGCACAAACAGGAGACCCUGCGGCCGAGGAAUGGUCCCAGUGGAGCGUCUGCUCCCUGACCUGUGGGCAGGGUACCCAGGUGCGAACUCGCUCCUGCGUCUCAUCGCCUUACGGGACUCUGUGUAGCGGGUUGUUGCGGGAGACCAGGAUAUGCAAUAAUACCGCCACCUGCCCAGUGGAAGGCCAGUGGCUGGACUGGGGGUCCUGGAGCCGCUGCUCCGUGUCGUGUUCCAACGGGACUCAGCAGCGCAGCCGCAAGUGCAGCGUCUCGGCUCACGGCUGGGCGGAGUGCAAAGGAGCUCACGCCGACGCCCGGGAGUGCUACAACGCAGAAUGCCCAGCUGACAGCAAAUGGGGCCCGUGGAACCACUGGAGUUUGUGCUCCAAGACGUGUGACACAGGCUGGCAGCGACGCUUCCGUAUGUGCCAGGGGACAGGCGUGCAAGGCUACCCAUGUGAGGGCAGUGGGGAGGAAGUCAAGACGUGCAACGAGAAGAAAUGCCCAGCCUACCAUGAGAUGUGCAAAGAUGAGUAUGUCUCCUUGAUGACUUGGAAGAAAGCUGCUGCCGGUGAGAUCGUCUACAAUAAAUGCCCAUCCAAUGCCACAGGGUCUGCCAGUCGCCGGUGCCUGCUCAACUCCCACGGUGUGGCUUACUGGGGCACGCCCAGCUUCGCACGCUGCAUUUCUCACGAGUACCGAUACUUACAUCUCUCACUCCGCGAGCACCUUGCUAAGGGGCAGCGCAUGCUGGCAGGCGAGGGCAUGUCUCAGGUGGUCCGUGCCCUGCUGGAGCUCGUAGCUCGCAAAACGUACUACAGCGGGGACCUGCUUUUCUCGGUGGAGAUCCUGCGCAAUGUCACGGACACGUACAAGAGAGCUACCUACAUCCCUUCCUCAGAUGAUGUGCAGCGAUUCUUCCAAGUUGUCAGUCACAUGGUGGAUGCUGAAAACAGGGACAAGUGGGAGGAUGCUCAGCAGGUCUUGCCUGGCUCCGUUCUCCUCAUGAAGGUGGUUGAGGAUUUCAUCCACCUGGUAGGGGACGCCCUCAAGGCCUUCCAGAGCUCCCUCAUUGUCACGGACAACUUAGUAAUCAGCAUCCAGAGAGAGCCGGUUUCUGCUGUCUCCAGUGACAUCAACUUCCCCAUGAAAGGCCGGCGGGGAAUGAAAGACUGGGCCCGCCACUCUGAAGACAAAAUCUUCAUUCCGAAAGAAGUCCUCAGCCUCUCCUCUUCUGAAACCGAUGAAUCAUCGUAUUUCGUCAUUGGCGCCAUCUUGUAUCGCACAUUGGGACUAAUCCUGCCUCCUCCUAGAAGUCCCCUAGCUGUCAUGUCCAAAGUUCUCACAGUGACGGUGAAGCCACCAACCAAGGCUGUGGAACCCUUGAUCAUCGUGGAGCUGUCCCAUAUCAUCAACGGCACCUCGCAUCCUCGGUGUGUGACCUGGGAGUACGCCAAAGUGGAGCUUGGCGCCGGGAACUGGAACACCGAGAACUGCCAGGCCGUGGAAACUCUCUCGGCUCAUACCAAGUGCCAGUGCAGCCAGCUGUCCACCUUCGCCGUGGUCGCCCAGCUGCCCAAAGACCUGGCCAUGGACUCUGGUGGUUCCCCCUCAGUCCCCCUCAUGAUUGGUUGUGCUGUAUCCUGUAUGGCUCUGCUGACCUUACUAGUGAUCUAUGCCGCAUUCUGGAGGUUCAUCAAGUCAGAACGCUCCAUCAUUCUUCUGAAUUUUUGCGUCUCCAUUUUGGCCUCCAACGUGUUGAUCUUGGUGGGGCAGUCCCAGAUGCUUAGUAAGGGCGUCUGCACCAUGACAGCUGCAUUCCUCCAUUUCUUCUUCCUCUCCUCCUUCUGCUGGGUGCUGACAGAGGCUUGGCAGUCCUACUUGGCUGUGAUUGGUAGGAUCCGGACACGCCUCGUUCGUAAACGCUUCCUCUGCCUUGGAUGGGGAUUGCCGGCCUUGGUAGUUGCAGUCUCUGUUGGCUUUACCCGGACCAAAGGAUAUGGAACAUCCACCUACUGCUGGCUGUCCCUUGAAGGAGGAUUGCUCUAUGCUUUUGUUGGUCCCGCUGCUGUGAUUGUUCUGGUCAACAUGCUAAUCGGAAUCAUAGUCUUCAACAAGCUUAUGUCUCGAGAUGGCAUCUCAGAUAAGUCCAAAAAGCAGCGAGCUGGGGCAUCGCUAUGGAGCUCCUGUGUGGUCCUGCCCCUGCUGGCGCUCACCUGGAUGUCGGCCGUGCUCGCCAUGACCGACCGGCGCUCCAUCCUCUUCCAGGUCCUCUUUGCCGUCUUCAACUCAGUCCAGGGCUUCGUCAUCAUCACCGUCCACUGCUUUCUGCGCAGAGAGGUCCAAGAUGUGGUGAAGUGCCAGAUUGGAGUGUGCAAGAGUGAUGAGAAUGAGAACUCGCCCGACUCCUGUAAGAACGGGCAAGUGCAGAUCAUGACAGAUUUUGAAAAGGAUGUUGACCUGGCGUGUCAGACAGUCCUCUUCAAAGAGGUUAACACGUGCAACCCGGCCACCAUCACGAGCACCUUGUCGCGCAUCUCCUUGGACGGGGACGAGGAUCCAAAGCUCAACACCAGCUCCGAGGGCGGCCUGGGCUUCUCCACCCUCCCUGGCAACAUACCGCCCACUUCCAUACUGGUGCAGGUGCCCAAAAUGACCCACAACGUGGUGAAAGGGCUGAACGAGCUCAAUGACCCGCCUGCCAAGAAGGACGUCAACCUGGACGCGGCGCGGGGGCCAGUCUACCUGUGUGGCGAGAGCACCUUGAGGCAACUGGACUACGGCUGGCUGCGGCCGCAGGAGGCCGCCAUCGAGAGCAACUACAUGGUGCUGCCCCGGCGGACAGUGAGCCUUAAGCCCUUCGCCAGGGAGGAGGGCAAGCUCAACAUCAAGCUGGAUGAGGCCCCGGGCCUGGGCAAGGGCCGCCACGUGAUGGAGGCCGAGGCCUACCCCAGCUUUGCCUCAGUGGACCACAUCAAUGUGAACUUGAACCAGCCCUAUGGGACGGUCAAGCACCCGUACGGCCUCCAGUUCAAGCAGCACCCCACGGUGCGGCAGAUCCUGGCUUCGGAGCUGUCGGAGCGCAGCCGCACCAUGCCGCGGACCGUGCCUGGCUCUGCCAUGAAGGUGGGCUCCUUGGAGAGGAAAAGACUGCGGUACUCUGACCUGGAUUUUGAGAAAGUUAUGCAUACAAGGAAACGCCACUCAGAACUUUACCAUGAGUUGAAUCAGAAAUUUCACACAUUGGACCGGUAUCGGGCUCCAGCUACUAACGCCACAAAGAGGGAGAAGCGAUGGAGCGUCUCUUCAGGGAGCGGAGAGAAGAACCUGGCUGGCGACGUAACCAGCCCAGAGAACCGGCAGCAGAAACAGAAGUCUUGGAGCACCUUCAAGGCCAUGACGCUGAGCUCUCUGCCCUCCAAGCACCGGGAGAAACUGGAGCUGCAUUCGGCUGACUGGGAAAAGCAUUGCAUGAGCCUGGAUCUAUCCGAGGGGGACUUCCAGACGGAGGUGUGAGCCUCAGGGACGCUGUGAUUUAGCAAUCUAUAUAUAUAUA